AUGGCGAACGAUGCGGCGCGGGCGGUGGAUAGCAGGCAGUUCGACAGUGUCGUCUCCUGGCACCAGGCCGCGAAACCGGACGGGGCCAUGACCAUGCGACCACCCUAUCCUCCCCCAAAGCAGAAACCGGCCAGCCGGAAACGGAAUGCGCAGCCCAACUCGGUAGAGCCUUCUUCAUCUUCCCAACCGAAGCAGCCGAAGCCCAACAGCUUCCCCAUGCACAACGCUAGCGACGAAUUCCUUUUCAAGACGCCCAUCCCACAGCACGAUAAUCCGGCGAUCAAAGAAAUUUACAACGACCUGUGCGCGGGCAGCGCUCUGGAUGAGAAACUGGACGACAACCCGCUAAGAAAAAUGGAACGAAUGACGAAUAUUCCGCUUUUCGACAAUGGUAUGAAUACUGUGGUCAGCUCGGCGGGGAGUAUGGAUAAGACCAGGGACGCCGAAAAAGAGCGAAACGCAAAGAUGCAGACAUUGGAGGAAAUCGAGAAAAGCUUCACCAAUCCGAUGUUGGCCCCGUUGUCCCGGCCGAACCCCGAACCGCAACUGAUGGCGCCGAGCGCCGGAAAGGAGGAAUGGGAGAAGCUGAUGGGAGCCGGGAGCAGCAACGGUGCCCCUUCUACCAGCGAGUCUCAAACAUCCGUGCCCCCAGCGCCCGCUCCCGAAAAAUCACCAAUGUACCCGCCGCCGAAUACGAAUGGCAUGAUGCCGACUGGUCCUCAAUCUGCCGGCGUCUACCCGUCCCCUUACCCCCAGUAUUCCAUGCCAUCGGGCCCGAACAGCGCCGGAACUUACCCACCACCAAUGCCGAACGGAAAAGCGAAUGGCGCACCUCAUCCCGCCGCUGCUCAUGGGAUGCCACAGCGAAUGAUGCAACCCCAAAUGAACUACCCUGGCGGCUAUCCCCCGAUGUACCCAUGGCCUCCUAUGCCUAACGGAAUGCAGAUGGGCCCCCCGCCUCCCAACCACCCGGCCUAUCAACAGUGGGUGAUGCAGCAGCAGGCCAUGGCCUACCAACGACAACAAAUGAUGGCCGCCCAACAGCAGGCCAUGAAUAAAGCAGCGGCCAUGAACUCUCCGGGCCAAUACCCCAGCCCGAUGAUGCAAGGACCGCCGCCAACCAGCACCACCACCCCCACGUCGGCCCCGUCAGCAACAAUGCCACCGAACGGGAUGCCCUAUCACCCGUCGAUGCAAAUGCGUGGCCCCUACGCGCCGCCGCCGUACUUUGGUGGUAUGCCGGGGAUGCCCGGGCCCGGGAUGUCGCCUGGCGCCAAUCCGGGAAUGCCCCCGCACCCCGGCUAUGGGCCCUACCCUGGCAUGAUGCCGCCUGGUGAGUUUGUUACAUCGAAAAGUGACCUCGGUUACGGGGCCACGAUGGGACUCAAGGGAAAUGGGAUUCGACUAAAGGUCGACGACAAAUGGCUGCACCUCAGCGACGAGUUGAUCCACAACCACCCCGGCGGCAACGUCAUCAAGCAGUACGCUAAUGCCGAUGCCACGCACAUGUUCCACGCCUUCCACGAGGGCAGCGCCAUGGCGUACAAGCAGGUGGAGGUCCUGAAGAAGACAUCAUGGGAUCAGAGCGAAGACCUCGAGGAGUACAUCAAGAAGCGCAACGACCAGACUGACGUUAACGUUUCUUCGUAUGAUAUUACCAUUGAAGAGGAGAAACAAAUCACCCUCCGUUUCGAGCAACUCCGCCAAGAUGUCCACCGGUUUGGACUGAUGGAUGCGAAGGAGGGAUAUUAUUACUUUAAAAUGGUGUCCACGAUGUCGAUCAUGUUGCUCGGGUUCGCCCUUCAAUACAACGGAUGGUACCUUACGGCGGCGUGUGCGAUGGCCCUCUGCUGGCAGCAGCUCGGCUGGAUGACGCACGAGUUUUGCCAUCAUCAGCCGUUUAAGAACCGCCGUAUGAACGACCGUUUCGGCAUCUUCUUUGGCAAUAUCGCCCAGGGUUUUGCCAGCGAUUGGUGGAAGGACAAGCACAACACCCACCACGCCACCACCAACAUGAUUGACCACGACGGGGACAUCGAUCUAGCGCCCCUCGUCACCUUCGUGCCCGCCGACUUGCUCAAGUACAAGGAGCCGCUGGAGAAGGCUAUUCUGAAGAUCGUCCCCUACCAACACCUGUACUUCACCGCGAUGCUGCCCAUGCUGCGCUUCUCGUGGUUGGCCCAGUCGUUGCAGUUCGCCUUCACGCAGAACAAGUCCAACUUCCGCUCGUACCGCGAGCACGCCUUUGAGCAACAGUUGGGCUUGUCGAUCCACUGGGCGUGGGUGCUUCUCCAGCUGUACCUGCUGCCAAGCUGGCCGCUACGGAUCGCGUUCUUCUUGAUUUCACAGGGCGGAGCCGGCUUUUUGAUCGGCCACGUCGUCACGUUCAACCACAACUCGGUCGACAAGUAUCCUGCCAAUUCCCGGAUCCUCAACAACUUUGCCGCCCUCCAAAUCCUGACCACCCGCAACAUGACGCCGUCGCCGUUCAUCGACUGGCUCUGGGGAGGCCUGAACUACCAGGUGGAGCACCACCUCUUCCCCACGAUGCCCCGCUGCAACCUCGGCAAGUGCUCCGAGCUCGUCAAGCAGUUCUGCAAGGACACAAAAUUGCCCUACCUGUGCGAUGAUUUCUUCGUCGGCUACGCGCUGAACCUGAAACAGCUGGAAAACAUGUCGCACGUCGUCGAGAAGCGGAUCCAGGGC